AAGUGACAUUGUGUUCUUUGGCAAUACACAGAACAGGAAUAGGCUACAGUAGCUAUUUGGGGAAACGGGCGUUACCAGAUUUGUGUGGAAGAAAAAAAACUUGUUUAUUUUCUUCUUUUCUGGUCGGAAACACACCAAACCUUCUGGGACAUAUUAGGCUAAUCAGUGCAAGGAAAGCCCUCAGCUGUUCCCAGGUUGCUCCUGAAGCCUGCUGCAUCCUUGAUGUGCCUGUUUUAAAAACCCGCCUUAAAACUGUGUGCAGAACCUGCGCACAGACCUGCGCCAGAUCACAGGGACAAAAAAAAAAAAAAAAAAAAAAAAAGAGCAGAUGUCCGAGAAGAACAAAAACCACCUCCCAUCUCAGCUCGACGGAAAAGGGAGAAGCGAAGGGGGAAAACAUCGCAGCUCGGGGUUUUAAGGAACAGCACGUCCGCAGACACGUCUGGCUUUCUUGACGUCAGGAGCGCAUCCAGCGCUGCGCACGAGCUCAGCGACCACAUCUCACCCAGAGGGAAACAGAGCACCGCACAGCCACAGAUCGCCAUUUAGCUGUAGUGUGGCGAGUCCGAUCAGCAUUGUAGGAUGCCUCUUGGAGAGGAUGGAAACGGAUGGAAAAAGAAGACAUCGGACAUCAAAGAACAUUAUGACUUCAAAGAAGUCCUUGGGACGGGCGCUUUCUCCGAGGUGGUUCUUGCAGAGGAGAAGAGGACCCAGAGGCUAGUAGCCAUCAAGUGCAUCCCCAAGAAAGCGCUGGAAGGCAAAGAGAACAACAUUGAAAACGAGAUUGCGGUCCUCCACAGAAUCAAACACGCCAACAUCGUUUCGCUGGAGGACAUCUUCGAGAGCACAUCCCACCUAUACCUCGUCAUGCAGCUAGUUUCUGGUGGCGAGCUGUUCGACAGGAUCGUAGAGAAAGGUUUCUACACCGAGAGAGAUGCCAGCCAGCUCAUCCAYCAGAUCUUAGACGCUGUCAAAUAUCUCCACGACAUGGGGAUCGUCCACAGGGACCUGAAGCCAGAGAAUUUGCUGUAUUACAGCAUGGAUGAGGACUCCAAGAUCAUGAUCAGCGACUUCGGUUUGUCCAAGAUCGAGGGAACGGGUAGCGUCAUGUCCACGGCCUGCGGUACUCCUGGUUACGUAGCCCCUGAGGUGCUCGCUCAGAAGCCUUACAGUAAAGCAGUGGAUUGUUGGUCCAUAGGAGUCAUUUCUUACAUUCUAUUGUGCGGCUAUCCUCCAUUUUACGAUGAAAACGAYGCCAAGUUAUUCGAGCAGAUUCUGAAAGCAGAGUACGAGUUUGACUCGCCGUACUGGGAUGACAUCUCAGAUUCAGCCAAAGAUUUCAUCUGCCACAUGAUGGAGAAGGACCCUUUGAAGAGAUACACAUGUGAGCUGGCCCUCCAGCAUCCAUGGAUAUGUGGCGACACGGCUCUGGACAAGAAUAUCCAUGAAUCGGUCAGCGCCCAAAUCAAGAAGAACUUUGCCAAAAGUAAAUGGAAGCAAGCGUUUAAUGCCACAGCCGUGGUGCGACACAUGCGGAGGUUGCAGCUGGGCACCAGCCUCGAGGGACCCAGUCAGAUUACUCCCACCAGUCCCUGCCAUGGACAUCUGCUCCCCGAGGAGGUGGAGGAAGAGGAGGACGAGCUGGGGAACGAGGAGGAGAAGAGCCUGUCCCCUUACGAUGACGGUCGUCGUGGAAGCAACGAGGGCAGCGUCGACCGGGACAGCCUGAGAAGCUGCGCUUACUGCUGCCGGCCAACCAGUCGCAUCUGAGUCCAUCCCUGGAGCAUCCCAGAGCCCAUCCACCCAGUCUGGCCAAGAAUGCAGAGUAGAUAUUAGGUAGUUUCCUCCAAAGCAUGUCCCCAGCUUUCAGGUCCCUUCUAACAGAGUGGACAACACAUGCUGCAAGUAAAAAAAAAAA